AUGGCUUCUAUCUCACAAAGUCUUGUUCUCACCUCUGCCAUGCUUCUCUCAACCACUCUCCUCUAUGUUGCUUUCUCCAGGCAAAAGACCACCCCUUCUUUUCAAAUUCACCACUCCAACAAACCCACCUUGCGCUCUUGCUUGUAUUCCGAGGAAAAGAAAAAGGAGAAAAAGAAGACGAAGAAGAAAGUGAAAUUCGCAGAUAGUGUGAAGAAGGAAGGAAGAGAAAGGAAAGAGGAAAACAGAGUAUCAAACAACUGCAGAGACGAAACUUCGGAUUGUGUCGGAAUGCCGGCGAACAGAAUCGCUUUGUAUAACGGGAUUUUGAGGGAGCGAGUGCACAGAAUGGAGUGUUCUUACUAA